UUCCCGAGGCCGAGGCUCAUUGCCGGGUGGGGGUCAUUGCCGGGGUGGGGGUCAUUCCUGAGUGGUGGGUCAUUCCCAAGGCCGCCUGUGGAUUGCAGAGCUCCCAUCCCUGGGGCCGGACAGGCGCGUCCCCCCCAUGCAGGCAGGAGCCGGCGCUGGGCCAUGAGCAACGCCACGGCCCCCACGGCCCCGGGCGCGGCGGGGGACUCGCUGGUGGGCUCCGUGCUGGGGCCCUUCCUCCUCCUCACCCUCCUCGGUGCCCUCCUGGCCGCGGUGAUGUACGUCAAGAAGAAACGCAGGUCCGACCGGCUGCGGCACCGGCUGCUGCCCAUGUACAGCUACGACCCGGCUGAGGAGCCACCCGAGUCGGAGCAGGAGCUGCUGGUGGAGGCUGAGGAAGCUCAGGUGGUGCCCGGCUGGGGGGGACCCUCUCCCCCUUGGCCCCCACGCAAGGACUGGAGGGCCUGACUCUACCUGGAGCACCAGAACCAGAUCCUGCCCACGGGAGGGAAAGGAGGACUGUGCCAGCACUGGUACCAUCAGCCAAAACAGGCAGGCUGUGCCCACGGUGGUGCCACGAUGCCACAGCCGCUGCUCUCACCUCUGAGCGCUGACCAGGACGGGACAUCUCCCACCUCAGUGCCUGAUUUUGCCUCUUUUUUUUUUUUUUUUUUUUUUUUGCCUGAACUGCUCCAGCAGCCCCUUGGAAAGCACCAGGAGGGUCCACAGGGGCUGGUAGACUGACACGGAGCAGCAGGCUCUGCUGGCACGGGAUGCCUGGGGGAAGAUGGGGUAAAUAAAUGUGUCUUUGCCUUGGCCCCGAGGCUCCCUGUGGGGCUGGGGGUUCCCAGCCUUGGGUGGGAGUUUGGGGGGCAGCAGGGCUUUGCCUGUUUUUGUUUCCAUCGGCACCUCAUCCCCGUGGAUUGCUGGUGGCUGCCACCAGCACGGAUGUCCCUGUGGAGAUGCCCUGGGAGGAGCCACCCCUGCCCCACACCCUGCCGGGGACAGACGAGGAGUCACAGACAUCCAUAAAAUGUUUUAUUCAAGUAACUGCAAAUAGGAACCCAAAAGGUCGUUAACAGUGAACCAAAAAAGAAACCCAAACCAAACCCCGAUUCUCUCCCGCCGGGGCCGCCCGGCACCGACCUCCGGUCCCGCUGCAGCCGUCGUGCUGGGGCAGAGGGACAAGGGGAGCAUCCCAUGGUCCCCCCACACCUCUGCCCUGCCAGCCUCGAUCCCUUGAAGCAGCAGAGCGAACUAGACCUCAAAAUAACGAUUUUUUUUUAAAAAAAAAGAAAAAUGGAGCCCAAAAAAAAGGGGAAAAAAAAAAUACCCCACAGCCCCCAGCAACACCCCGAAAACAGGAACCACUGAGCCCACAGUGCCCUGGCAGUGCAGCAGCACACCUGUGAGUUCAGAGAGUGGAACUUAAAUAUCCAGAGGUAGUUGUGAAUGAAAGGACAAAAAAAACUACUAAAAAACCGAAAAAAAUACCAAAAAAAAAACCAACAACAACAAAAAAAAAGAAAACAAAAAAAAAAACCCAGAACGUAUGAGGAAAGGGCUGCCUGGAGCCUGCCGUGCUCUGGCACCCCCGGGGCCGGGCACCCCGGGGAUGGGAACCCCGGGGAUGGGCACUGGGCCCCGGCAGCGCUGCAGGAGCUGCUCCCACACACAGUGCAGUCACCCAGGACUGGGGGGGACAAAGGGGGCUGCCCAGGGUAGCAGCAGGCCAGAGCAAAGGUCUAAUGCAUUUGGGGGGGUCUCACCUUCACUGCCCCCCCAUCUCUUCCCUGCAGAGGCCCCAGGGCAGAGCCCAGUGCUGGAGGGGGCAGCCAGCACCCACUUUGGUGGGGUGAGAUCACGGCAUGGGGGGCAGCAAAGGUGGGGGGUGCCAGCCCCGGCUCUGCCAUGAUCCUCCUUUCCAGUGGGGCUGCCCCGAACCCGAGGGCUGGGGAGGGGGAGCUGGGGCAGGUGCCCCCCCCCCCCGGGCAGGGGCUGUGGGGGCCGCCCGGGUUGGGCCAUUUUCCAGUGCUGCCGUUGUCUGAGGGUGAGGAGGGAACGGAGGAGGGAGGAGGAGGAGGAGGAGGAAGCCAGGGCGGCACAGUGGGUCUCUCCCCGUCCCUCUCCCCCGGCCGCUGCGGGGCCGUCG